CUCCAAAUAUACCGCGUCGACACAACACACUUCUCUAAACGAAGAAGGCGCUUUAAAGGAUUUGGAGCUCUUUAAGUAACGCCCUAGACCACUCAGACUUUGAAAAAUUUGUCAGAAAUCCACACAACGAGGAAGACAGACUGCCCCUCCACCCCACGCACGCAUAUAGCCGCAUUCUAUUGUAGCCUCCAAAAUCACUCUAGCAAUAAGAGCGCACAGUAACUUCACACUAUGGCUCAGUCAACCGUGAUACAGGCCCCGGGCCUGUCGACAUUUCUCAAGUCGCUCAAGACAACUCCAGUCGAUCCCUCUGUGGAGCACCUCAUAUCAUUACUCAAGCGACGACAAAUCCGAAACUCGAGACCAUGCGCCAUUGCGACAACGGCGCUGCUUCUGCGCGUGGUGGGCGAGUUCAAGGGAAGGGAUGCCGCAAAGCUCGUGGAGCGGAUUCGACAAGUUGGCAGGCGCUUGACUUCAGCGCAACCGCGCGAGGUUGUGGUUGGAAAUAUCGUCAGGCGUGUAUUGGGCUUGGUGCGCGAGGUCGUCGAUGAGAACGCAGACGGACAGACACCAACAGGGAGCGAGGCACCUACGCCAGUGCCGCAGCACGACUCAUUACAUCGACCAACCCUUGCCUCGAGCAUGUCGACAUUCAGCCCUCUAAAGCAUGCCGCUGCCGAGCCUAUGCAUGUCGGUGUAUACGACGGGAACAUGUCCGACUCGGGAGAGCUCUCGCGGCGACCACCCCUGCUCACCUCACACACCUCAUACGCGCCUCCCUCCGCUGGGCCGCUUGUGAACUCUUUGUUCGGCCUCUUCUCGCAGCCCAUCGACACACCUUCAGCUACAAGUACGCCAUCAGGCGCUCAGUCACCUAAUGGCAAGACCACAUUCACGCAACAGAACCUAGAGCGUCUAGGAGAGUUGAGCAGAGGGCAGACUAGCCUUGACUUGAAGGGCGAAGUUAUGGAGGGUAUAAGAGAGCUACAAGACGAGUUGGAGACAUCAGAUAAGCAGAUUGCCGAAGUCGCGCUUGAGCAUAUCCACGCAAACGAGAUCAUCCUCACCCACACUGCGUCGACAACAGUCCAGAAGUUCCUCAUGUACGCUGCAAGGAAGCGAAAGUUUACAGUCGUACACGCCGAAACAUACCCGCACGACCACACAGCUACACAUGGAGUACUGCUUACCGGAAAGAAGCGCGAGUCGCACGCAGACGAAGACGACGAGGACGACAAAUGGAAGCCGCUCACCGAAGCUGGUAUCCAGGUCUAUGUCAUCCCUGAUUCUCACGUGUUCGCAAUCAUGUCUCGCGUCAAUAAGGUCAUCUUGGCCACACACACGGUUCUCGCAAAUGGCAGCCUCGUUGCAGCAGCAGGAGCGCACAUGAUUGCCAAGGCAGCGAAGGAGCACCAGACACCCGUCGUUGUGCUUAGUGGUGUCUACAAACUUAGCCCAGUAUACCCAUUCGACAUCGAUGAGCUCAUCGAGCACGGCGAUGCUGGAGGUGUAGUACCCUACGAGGAUGGCGACUUCGUCGACAAGGUUGAUGUCGAGAACCCUCUGUACGACUACGUCCCUGCAGAUCUUGUGGAUCUCUACAUCACCAACCUUGGCGGCCAUGCACCAUCGUAUCUGUACCGUAUCGUGGCGGAUCACUACCGGUCAGAGGACAUUACACUGUAGAAGUAUCUUCGGCAUUGACAAG